ACGGAACUAGAAAUCGAGAAAGAAGAGAUCUGUUUAAGGUAUUGAGAUUAAACCUGAGAGACUCGUGAGAGAUCUGUAGAAAGAAAGAAAAAAUGGCAUGGUUAGCCAGAUCCAUUGCAAAUUCUCUGAAGAUCGAUGAGGAUGAAGAUGAUGAAAAGGAAACUAUUAAAGCCAACUCUAUUGAAGAUUCCGGUUCCGAUAUAGUUUCUUCGCCGUCGGCGUUGCAAUCACAGUCUCCACGAGGCGUGAAGGAAGAUAUCUCUGAACUCACCAAGACCUUUAGAAGUCAGCUAUGGGGUGUUGCUUCUUUCCUGGCGCCACCGCCUGCUUCUUCCGAUUCGCCGGAGAAAAAUCAGACGGACGAUGGUGUGGAGGAGACUCGGAAGUCUUCGGAUCUCGGCGAAGGUGACGAGGAUCUGAUUGCUGGGAUUAGGAAUGAUUUCGUGGAGAUCGGAGGUAGGUUCAGGACGGGGAUCUCGAAGCUCUCCGGGAACUUACCGGUAUCGGAGUUUACGAAGAUCGCUUCGAAUUUCUUGCAAUUGGGCUCGGAAGGGGCGAAUUCGAAAGAGCUCGAUGUUGGAGAUGCGAUUGGUGUGACCGAGGAAGUGGUUGGGUUCGCGAGGGAUCUUGCUCUGCAUCCAGAAACAUGGCUCGAUUUUCCCUUCCCUGAAGAGGACAAUGACUUUGAUGACUUUGAAAUGACUGAUGCUCAGUAUGAGCACGCACUGGCCGUGGAUAGGCUUGCAUCGAGUUUGUCUGCUUUGAGGAUUGAACUUUGCCCAUCGUACAUGAGCGAGAAUUGCUUCUGGAGGAUUUAUUUUGUGCUUAUGCAUCCUAAAUUCAGCAAACAUGAUGCCUUGCUUCUCUCAACUCCUCAGGUGCUUGAAUCAAGAGCACUGUUAUCCCACGAGCUGCUGCACAAGAGAAACAAAGCUACAGUAAUGGUGCCAGAGAGUAGUGAUACAGGAGCUGCUAGUGCCAGUGUGGAGCCUCUCUCUCUCCCUACUAAUUCUCCACCCGAACGAAAACCAGAACCUGAACCUGAACUAGUCAAGACCAUCUCUGUCGAAGCGAUACAUUCGAGUGAGACAUCCGAGUUUGAGACAGAGAAGCACACAAUCGAGAGUAAAGAAAUACAAGUUGUGGACAAGCCUGUCAUCGAAGAAAGACCAGCACCAGCUCACCAUGACAAGCCGGUGCAGAGCCCAGUCACUGGUUCUUCACCUAGAGUUAUCGAUGUGCAAGUCGAUGAUGAUGCUGAUGAUUGGUUGAAAGAUGAAGAUAAUGCAGGAACCGUUAACUCCACCGGAGCUACCAAACAUGUUGUGGAUGAGGAUGAAGAUGUAUCCUUCAGUGAUCUUGAAGAAGAUGACGACGAUGUGCCUGUGAGUUACAAAAAAUGACAUUCCUGAAUCCUCAGACCAAAGACUUGAAUCCUUACUCGAAAAGCUGUUGCUGCGGAAGAAGAAUGUCCGGUCAGGUAAGCGAGAAAAGAACCAAACGAUGGGCUUGUAUGUUGAUCACGAAUAUUGAUAUUAUUUUAAUGACCCUAUCCGUUUAUUACAAUUAUGUUUGUGAAUAGUUUUCUUUUGUAACAUUUACUUAUGA